AUGCCGGUUCGCCGACGGCGUGCUGCGGGGGGCGCCCGAUCCGAGCUGCCGCCGCUGAAGAUCGUGCGCAAGAUCCUCCUGCUACAGCUGGCUUACUAUGCCUCCGCGACGGUCUUGAUCCUGUUUACUACGCUUGUUUACGGAACGCCCUUCUCGCUUGAUCUGGUCUUGAACUGGGAUGCUAUUCGUGGGGAUACGACUAUUGGGUGGAUGUUGGGGUUCGUGUGGGUGUUGAAUAGUGGGAUAGGGGUGAUCUUCCUUCUCCUACUCGUCGUCCGAUCCAAGCUGAUCCCCGACUUCGCCUUGACCAUCCAUUUUCUACACAUCAUCGCUACCACCCUAUACACGCAUUCGAUCCCUCGGAACUGGCUCUGGUGGGGUCUGCAAGGCGCCAGCGCCUCCCUCAUGACCUUCCUCGGAGUCUGGGCCUGCCAGUGGCGCGAACUCCAGCCCAUCAGCUUCGGCGGGAUCGGAGGCUCCAGCAGCGGCAGCGGCUCAGGGCCGUCAUCCCAACCAGCCGGAGACGACAACGGCGAGUCGUCACGCGGUCGCGGGCGCGCCCGGGAUCUAGGCGGGAACGAGUACGAGAUGGGCGAGAUGAAGGUGACCGGUGAUCAGGCGGUGUAA